AUGGCAAACAAUAAAAGAAAAUGUUUUACAUGUCAUCGAGAAAACAAUACAUAUACUUGUGAAGGAUGUUCAAAAAGAUUUUGUUCCAGACAUAUCCCAGAACAUCAGCAAAGAUUAAAUGAAGAAUUACAUUAUAUUAUUCAUGGUUAUAAUGAAUUUAAAGACAGAAUUAAUAAACAAAAACAAAAUCAACAUAAUCAUUCAUUAAUAGAACAAAUUAAUCUAUGGGAAAUAAAUUCAAUUGAAAAAAUUCAACAAAAAGCAAAAGAAUGUAGAGACAUUGUCAUUAAAUCAUCAGAAACAUGUAUUAAUGAUAUAGAAAUGAAAUUCAAUGAUUUAUAUGAACAAAUAAAACAACUUCAUAAAGAAAAUAACUUUAAUGAAAUUAAUUUAAAAUAUUUAACAAAUCAAUUAAGAAAAAGUACACAAGAAUUAAAUAAUUUGUCAAACAUGUCUAUUGAACAAGAAUCAGAAUCACUUAUCAAUGAUAUUUCAAUUAUUUUACCAAAAAAACUAAAAUUGGACAAAUGGAAACAAAAUGUCAUCACCGUAGCUGCUGGAAAUGGAAAAGGGCAAAACUUAAAUCAAUUCAAUGGUCCUGCGGGAAUCUUUAUUGAUAAAAACAAAAAUAUUUUCAUUGCUGAUUGUUGGAAUCAUCGUAUUGUUGAAUGGAAACGUGAUGCAAACGAAGGACAAAUCAUUGCAGGUGAAAAUGGAGAAGGAGAUGAAAUGAAUGAAUUGUAUUGUCCAGGAAAGGUGAUUAUUGAUCAACAAAAUCAUUCAAUCAUCAUUGCUGAUUGUGAAAACAGACGAGUGAUUCAAUGGUUGAAUCAGAAUCAAGAAAUUCUCAUUGAUGAUAUUAACUGUGAUGGUUUGGCAAUGGAUAGAUAUGGAUUUCUUUAUGUUUCUGAUUGGAUAAAGAAUGAAGUGACACGAUGGAAGAUGGGUGAAUACUAUGAAGGAAUUGUAGUGGCAGGUGGAAAUGGAGAAGGAGAUCAGCUCGAUCAACUCAAUUCUCCUAGUUUUAUCUUUGUUGAUGAAGAACAAUCUGUUUAUAUAUCCGAUCAAAACAAUCAUCGUGUGAUGAAAUGGAGAAAAGAUGCAAAAGAAGGAAGAAUUGUGGCUGGAGGAAAUAGUCAAGGAGCAAAUCUUAAUCAAUUAUCUCAACCUGAAGGAAUAAUUGUUGAUGAUUUGGGGCAAAUCUAUGUGGCAGAUUGUGAGAAUGAUCGAAUAAUGCGUUGGUGUGAAGGAAAAGAAGAAGGUGAAACUAUUGUUAGUGGAAAUGAUGAAGAAAGUCAAUUGAAUGGUCCCUGUGGUUUAUCUUUUGAUGAUGAAGGAAAUCUUUAUGUUGCUGACUAUCAUAAUCAUCGAAUUGUAAAAUUUGAAAUAAUUUUGUAA